AUGACCAGCCUGUACUUCAUGGGCCCGCUUGGUAAGGGUUCCUGGCAUGAGUGGGAGCGCGACCAUGUUUUCUCCCUUCUUGGUAUGGUUUGGUACAGCACAAGCCGCUCGGAAUCCUCGAACGCAAAUUUUCAGCGGUGGAAAAGGGUGGAAAAGCUUGUUAGAGAGUACGCUGCUCGCUACCUCAACAAGACCACGUUCAGAAACUACUGGCUCCAAUCGGCGUACAUGCUUCGAAACCCUUUGGUUCGUGUGCAUGUCGUGUUCACGGCAAGGCUCGGGGAGCUGUUGUUCGACUGGGCGAACAAUUGGAUUCGUGGCAAGGGCGGGUUCUUUCUGAAGGGCGAAGGGGUCGGUCGGCGGCUGUUUCCUGGGAUGCGUUUGGUGGAGGUUGCUGAUUGCUCUCGCCUGCUGCUGCUCAAGUUGGAAACUAUCCGCAAGGAUCCCAAGACGUACUUCGCGGCGGUCCUAGAACGCGUUCGAACUACCCUAUCUGAACCGAUGGAGAAAUUGUUCAUGACAAACUUCAGCGAGGACAAGGUUUUUUUUGCCGAGUUCAAGAAGCGAUGGAUCAAGUGGAUGGAGCGGCAUCAGCAGCUACCUCUGAGCAUGGCGCGGAUUGCAUGCCCCUCGUUUUACGCUCGGACAGGAAUCAUGGCGGACGGGGCUGUAGAGGGGCCGGAGUUUGCGCGUGCCUUCCUUCAUGUAGCUUGGCCUGGUCUAUACGAGGGAGAGCCACGCACGGAGAGGGGAGAGGGAAUUCCGAACGCAGCUCGUGAAGGAUUUGGGGGGAAUCACCGAGGCAAGAAGGAAAGAUGAGUUGACGUUCGGGCUGUUUUCAUGCAUUGAUAGCGACCUUUCUGUGAGGAAUGAACUCGAGCAGUAUGCGAAUUCUGGGUGAGGUGACAGGGAGGUUGACCAGGGUGCACCGAAGGUUACGUCAGCGUUGGCGCGUCUGUUCGAUUUUCCCCUCCUGUACAAGUUGCUGUGUCACCGAUUCUACUUCGUUCCCAUUCACCAG